AUGCGGCCAUGGCAGUUGGGCAGGUUGAGCCCAUUCGAUUGGCGGCGGGGAAUCAGCAGCAGCGGAACCGGCGACACCAUGGCAGCCCAGCCAUUGAGCAGCACGGCGGCAACAACUGCGGCAACUGCGGCAACCACAUCGGCGACCAUGAGCACAACCGCUGCUUCCACCACGACCACGGCAGCCCCAGCCGCGGGAGCCACGUGGAUGCACCACAACGUGGCGGUGGCGGUGGAAGCGGUGGACGGCUCCCAUCCGGCAGCGAACGGCAGCGAUGCGCAGGCGGGCGUUGAGGGCCCCACAAUGCCGCCAGGCUACCUGCCGCUCUACGAGGAUGUGGAAACGGCGGCGGAGGACGCCGGCUACGCGCUGAUCGACGACAUCAGCGAGUGGCUGCUGGGUUCGGUGGGCGGUGAGGUGGCAGUGGGCAGCGGAUCCGAGAACAGCACCACCUUGGCGGUGACCGGCGCCAAUGGCACCCUGGCACCCUGGCUGGAGGCACUCAACAGCACGCUGCCCGCCCAGAGCAACUCCAGUGCAGAGAAUGUGGAGCGUGGAGAGCGGGGGGAGCGGUACUCGCUGCGCAGCUUUGUGGAGCAACAGCUGGCGGGCGGUGGGGCAGCGGGAGUGGGCAUGGGCGUGGGCGACGGCGGUGAUGCUGGCAUCGCGCUGAUCGACAGCGGAGAGGAGGCGGCCCUGGACAAUGUGGCGGAUGCGGAAACGGACUAUGGCAUUCUGGGCGGCUUCGGGGAUGCGGAACUGCUCCAGCGGACAGCAACGGCGGCGCGCGAGACGCUUGGCAAUCGAACGGCGCCAGUUACGACGACCAGUUACGAUGGAGGCGGCUCUGGGGACGUGGGUGUGGGCGUGGCUGGCGGACUGGCGGCCGGAACGGCGGGCGGGGGCGCUGGUGGCGCUGGUGGCGCCGGAGGAUCAGGAGGCAGCACCUUUAUGCUGCUGCUCGAAAACUUUAACGAUUAUUUUCCCAACUACAAUGGGAGCACGGUUUCGGGAACAAGCACCAUGGCGCCGGGCGUGGCCAUCACGGGGAGCAGGGGCAGCGGACUGCUUCUCGAGCAGAACCUGACGGGACUGUACCUCGACGGCUACCGGCUGAACUGCACCAACGAGACGCUCAACAUGACCGACUCCUGCGGCGAGCUGAGAGUGGUGGACCACAACUACUGGGCGCUCAUCCUGAUCCUGUUCCCCAUCCUGACCCUCUUCGGCAACAUCCUGGUCAUCCUGUCCGUGUGCCGCGAGCGCUCCCUGCAAACGGUCACGAAUUAUUUUAUAGUCUCGUUGGCCAUCGCCGAUCUCCUGGUCGCCGUGGUCGUGAUGCCAUUUGCUGUCUACUUUCUGGUAAAUGGAGCCUGGGCACUGCCCGACGUCGUUUGUGAUUUCUAUAUAGCCAUGGAUGUGAUAUGCUCUACUUCAUCGAUAUUCAACUUAGUUGCCAUCUCCAUUGACAGAUACAUCGCUGUGACGCAGCCAAUAAAGUACGCCAAGCACAAAAAUAGCCGCCGCGUUUGCCUUACGAUACUGCUGGUUUGGGCCAUAUCGGCUGCCAUCGGAUCGCCGAUAGUUUUGGGACUCAACAACACGCCCAACCGCGAACCCGAUGUAUGCGCCUUCUACAACGCCGACUUCAUACUCUACUCCUCGCUGAGCAGCUUCUACAUACCCUGCAUCAUAAUGGUGUUCCUCUACUGGAACAUUUUCAAGGCGCUGAGGAGUCGGGCGCGAAAGCAGCGGGCGGCCCGCAAGCCCCACCUAUCGGAACUCACGGGCGGCAGCGUCAUCGAGAACAUCGCCCAGACCCGGCGACUGGCGGAGACGGCCCUGGACAGCAGUCGCCACGCCAGCAGGAUCCUGCCGGACGAGGCCGCCACCAAUACGGCCAGCGGCUCCAACGAGGAGGAGGACGAGAACGCCAUUUCGCCGGACAUCGACGACUGCCACGUCAUCGUGAACGACAAGUCCACCGAGUUCAUGCUGGCCACCGUUGUCGAGGAGACGGGCAACAGCGUUGUGGCCCAAAUCACCACACAGCCGCAGCUGGUCGUCGCCGAUCCGAAUGGCGUGGCGCCCGCCUCCGCCUCGGCAGCCACAUCCAAUGCUCCGCGGAGCAGCGUCUCGCCGCCGGACAGUCCGCUGCCCAGUGGCGCCACCCUCCAGCGGUCCAGCGUCAGCAGCCAGCGGCGCCCCACCGGCGACGACUCGCCGAAGCGCGGCGAACCCGCCCUCAGGUCAGUCGGUGUCGAUAACUCCAGCGUCGCCAUGAAGCCAUUGUCCUUUGUGCGGUACGGAGUGCAGGAGGCCAUGACUUUGGCACGCAACGACUCGACGCUAUCGACUACAUCGAAAACGUCCUCGCGCAAGGAUAAGAAGAACUCGCAGGCGUCAAGAUUCACGAUAUACAAGGUGCACAAGGCCUCGAAAAAGAAACGCGAAAAAUCGUCGGCCAAAAAGGAGCGCAAGGCCACCAAAACAUUGGCCAUUGUUUUGGGUGUCUUCCUGUUCUGCUGGCUGCCGUUCUUCAGCUGCAACAUCAUGGACGCCAUGUGCGCCAAGUUCGAUAAAGACUGCCGACCUGGGCUCACCGCCUACAUGAUGACCACCUGGCUGGGCUACAUCAACAGCUUCGUUAAUCCGGUGAUCUAUACAAUAUUCAAUCCCGAGUUUCGCAAGGCCUUCAAGAAGAUCAUGCACAUGGGGUGAUUAUCAACGGCGAGCACAUCAACAGCAAUACCAGCAAUACCAGCAAUAGCAAUAGCCAGUUGGAUGAGCAUCGUGUCCAGGAGUAGAGGAUGGCGAAGUGUGCCAAAUGGAGGCCAUCGAUGCAGCAGAGAUCUCAAUUGGUCUCCAGUUUCGUUUCGUUUCGUUUGUCGUCGUUCGUUGCGUUCGUUCCCAAUAGCUUUAAGGUUCAGCUACUUAUGUAAAUAGAUCUGUACAUACCACUUAACUAUAUGCUAUGUGUAGUGUGGAGCGGGGAUUGCGAGCAGUAGGCUAGGUACAAUUUUUAACAAUUACAUUAAGCUAACUAGCAAGUAGCGAUAUAAUCAACACACAGCAAACACGCGAUUAUGAUUCCAAAGUAGCCAUGUAAGCAUUGCCAGGGAUACGAUUCGCUUUACCAGCAUAGAGUAGUGUCCUUCAGAGUGGGCUGCUCCCACAACCUAUCACAUAUCACGAGCAGCAAGCUAUUCCUCCCACCCAAAACCCAAAACCAAAACCUAAAAAACCAAAAACUAAAAAACCAAAAAACCCCACGGCACACCGAAUCCCCCUUCCGAUUCCCAGAAUACGAUUAGUUAAGCGAGUGUAAAGAAAUUCAUAUCCUUAGAGGCCGGAUCGUUCCACACCGACACGUGGUGUCGGUAUCUAGAGUUAGUUAGCUAAAUCGCAGAUAUAUAGCAGUUAAGUCGGAUACAGUAGCUAGCGGGCCUCGAGGUCGGCGCCCUCCACACCACAGACACAUCACAUACGAAUGUUCCUAGUUAGUUGGCCGACCGACCAUCCACAUGGAGCAUCCCGAUCGAUGGAUGAAACCAUAGCCAUCGGCGACAGAGUUGCACCCAACUUGAUAGAGUGACAUGCACACACACACACACACACACGAACAGACACUAUGAAUCAAAUGAGCCCCACAAAUGAAUACGAUAUCGAGGGGCGCCGACCCCGAUGAAAGUCCCGCUUAGAGGUCACUUUCAGUUUGACUUUCGUUUGGAUGUACUCGUCAAGGAUAUACUGGUACAGGAUAUACUGGUACAGGAUAUAAUCGUACAGUAUAUACUCGUACAGGAUAUACUGGUACAGGAUAUAAUCGUACAGGAUAUACUCGUACAGGAUAUACUCGUAUAUAACAUAUAGGAGCAUUUAAGAUCCAGAGGUCGUACCUAGGCUAGUCACUUGAUCUAGAUCAAAUAUACUCACCACCCAUAGGUAGUACAUACCUAUAUACAUAUGUAUAUGCGUAGAUAUAUAUCAGAUGGUACCAAUGGGAUGGACACGUCUGGGGAGGCACAGCAGGGAGUAAGGGGGGGAAGAAUCAGGGUAUCUAGAGCAAAGGCCAUCGCAUUGCUGGAAGCAAUAUGAGGGUUACCUUAGCAGAUAGUAGCAAGAUAGCAAGAUAGCAAGAUAGCAAGUAUCGAUGUAAGCGUACGUGUAUAGUGGAAUAUCAAAACUGAGUUUUGAAACACGGACCGAAAGCCUGUGUCCUGCCGCAAAGGAUAUGUGGACUUGGAUUCAAUCCAUUCCGAUUUUCGCAUGUCGGCGGGACUAUAGCCGUUUGGUCCCUGAUUUCAACAGCCGUCCUUUUAACUGUUUCUAUGUGACAAAUAAUUGAUAGGUUAAUUGAUUACUCCAGCGUGUGUAGUAGUUUAUAAAACGAUUCCAUUUAUUGUGUACUAUAUACCUAGGCGUAAGCAGUGCCCCGGCUCAAAUUUCCAUGGAACCCCGUAGGAAACUCGAGGAAAAGCUCAACGGUUUUUAUACUUUCCUAAGAACUCCAAUACUAUAUACGCGUUUACUUUCGUGUGUGUGCGUGUAUGUGUGUGUGUGUCUGAGUGUGUGCUUAAGUGUAUGAGUGGGUGAAUGGGUGAUUGGGUGUUUUUUUUUUCGAAAGGAUAAAACUCUAGGCGAUAGGACUCUAGGCUAAGACUAUGGAAACAGUUCAACUUUCAGAUCAGUGCGAAAUGCUCCUAAGUUAAGUUCUUCCAAAGAAAACGCUUAUUAAUUAUAGCUAAUUGGUAAAUAUGCAAUUCGAACUAACUAUUAAUACAUACAUACGUACACCAACAUAGGCACACACACUACACACAUUACUGUUGAUUUAUCAAAAUUGUAGCCUGAGUUUUCGAGUCGUUGAAUUGUUGUCUGUUAUCGUUACUUUGUGAAUGGGUUAUAGCAUACAUAUAUAUAUGUAGAGUACCCCGAGAUCUCUCUACCAAUAAAGCAUAUAUACGAGUUUGUGAGAUAACUGAGGUGUACGCGAAAAUGGAAAACUGAGAUGAAAAUGAGGACUAUUUUAAAGAAAGGCGAAAAUCGUUUUUUUUUUUCUAGAAAAUUAUGAGAAUUAUUAACUAAAUGAAACGUAGGCUAAGGUCUCAGAAAAGCAAACUAUUUCAAAAAUAAUUAUCAUAGCUUACGGAAAUAAUAAUAGCGAAUAACAACAAUAAACUAAUGAUACCGAAUAGGAUGCGUCAGCAUGAGAAUACAUCAAAUAAAUAAAGCAAAACUGAAAAUAUUUC